AGAAAACGCGCAGACCGGCAUAAAAAUAACCCGAAUAACCUUUUCAAAAUCUUGUUUCUUAAAGUUCUUUGCCUUUAAUAUUCAGAUCACAAGUUUCAUUAUUUUAUUGAUUACGAUAUAGUUUUUUGAAAAUGAGAGUUGAAUUUUUUUCUGAAUUUAUACUGUAAGAGAAUUACUUAUUUCUAGAAUUUGUGACUAUGACUUCUCACAUUUUCAAAGGAUUCUUUGGAGUUCUGAAAAGAUUUUCUGGAAGCUCUAAUAUAAAAUACUUCUUAAAUGCUAAAAGAGACUUGUCAAUUCCUCCAUUACAAAGAGCGUCACAAGAUACAGAUGUUGAUGGAUUAUAUUUUGGUAGCAAGGAUGCUCAAAAAAUAUAUGAAAUCAGGACUUAUCAAAUUAAACCGGUGAAUUUUAAAGAAUAUAUUAAAUAUACUGAAGAACAUUUCCAUCUUCGUAUCAAGCACUCAAAACUGUUUGGCUUUUGGAGCACUGAGCUAGGAGGUUUGAAUGAAAUUGUGCAUAUAUGGGAGUAUGAUGAUCAUGAGCAUCGUGCAGAAGUACGUAAAGCCCUAGCAAAUGAUACAGAGUGGCAGAAAGAUUACAUAAGCCAUGUUGCUCCAAUGUGGAUCAGUCAAAAGAAUGCGACCAUGAUGCUUUUGCCUUGGAGUUUAAUCACAUUUCCGAGCAAAUCUGGUGUUUAUGAGUUACAAAUUUUUAAUAUGAACAGCCACACUGAUAUUUGGGAUGGAAGAUUGAAAGCAGCUAUGGAAUUAAGUUCAUUGAAGUUGAAGCCAUCAAAUUCAGUUUUAGUUGCCUGUUUUACAUCAAUAUUUGGACCACAUAACACAGUAUAUGCUCUAUGGCAGCAUGAAAGUUUUGACAGAUUUGCUUUUGGCCGUUUGCAACUGCUAAGUGAUGCUAACAAAGCUGUUUUACAUGCUUUUUAUCAUGAAGUUUUGACUGGUUAUAGCAAAGGACUUUUACCUCACAAAGCAUCACCACUACAGUGAAGUAACAAAUCGCAAAUUGUUAAAAUAAAAAUUGCUGUUCUGCAAAAUUUUAAGCAAGUGUAAAAAAUUUUAAGCAGAUUUUAUCUAAAAGUCAUGAUUUCAUCAUUUACUUGUUAAUUAAUCAUUCUAAAUGCUUGUUUUAAAAAAAAAAAAGAAUAUUAUUUCAUUCAGAAUUUUAAUUUGAAAUUACUUGUAUUGUUUAAUAUUGGUUUUGUUUCUUUUCCCUUCUGAAUACUGUGAUGAAUGUAUCCAUGUUUAAACAACAAUUCAGUAUAAAUAUUUGAUAGCCGUAUCUAGCCUGUUCCUAUAUUGAUAAUUACUUUAUUGAAACAAAUAAUUUGAAAACACACAAAGCUGAAACUAUAUCAAAAAAAAAAAAAAAAAAAAAAAAUUAAAAAAAAAAAUAAUGAAAUUGAUUCAAAUAUUUGUGUAAAAAUAUUUUUGAUGAAGUUCUUUGUAUUUGUUAAGUUUUCAAAUCAUAAUUAUUGUUGUUCAUUGUGCAAUAAUGAAAAAUUUAAAGUUAUUAUUAUUAUUAUUAUUGAUUUCCAUUUUGAUUUCACAUCAUGGGAAAUAAUGCAGUUGAUGCUUGGUAGUACAAAAUAUUUGGGACUGUGGAACAAGUUUGUGAAAUCCAAGAGUACCAAAAAUUAAGUACUUUAUAGUGUUUUAUAUGUUUAGAGUGAGCUACAUUGCAGACAACGAUUUUCUUGUCCAGCAAAUUGAAUGCAUGCAGCAAAAUUAUUGCAUGCAAAUAAAUUAUUUUAUUCCUCUUUCAUUCAGUCGUUAAGUAGUUGCUGAUUUUAGGGUUUUUCAAUAAACUAUUUUGAAAGAAAUAUACAGUAGCCCCUUGUUAUAUUGCUCCUUCUGAUAUUUCACUCUUUUCUUCUGUCUUCCAAAAUAUUAAAGCGUAAAAAAAAAAACACCUUGCUUUAAGUUUGAAACCAUUUAUGAAAACAUAUGGUAUUACUCAGAAAAUAUCUUUUUUUGUUUUGUCAAUGAACAAAAUGAAGAUGCUUCUAUUCUUCUGAAUUUGCGGGAAAAGCAACGGUAACUCCUGUUAUCCAAAUGUACAUAUCCACAGAAUAUUUCAGUUUAAGACAGUUAGUAAACUACUUGACAUUUUCUUUUUGAUUGAUUGACUUUAUGGCCUUUACAAUAAGUGAGAGACAGCAGGCAGGUGUCAUACUUGGCCCAUCUGUAGAAGAAAACAUACGCUCUUCUUUGACUGCCCUUCUGUACACAAAAGAUUUGUGCUUGGUUGAGCAAAUCGAGAUUUGCAUCAAAAAAAGGAAGAAUGUUCUGGAUGGGCGAAAGAGUUUUCUGGAAGCAAUAGGGUUACUUUUACUUUUCACAUCCUUUCUACAGCAAAUCGACAUGAUUAGGAGGUCUGUUGGAAAUAAGAGGGUAUUGGAAUGUGUUAUAACUGUUACCCUCGCGGUAGCUAAGAAAGAUCAUCAUCAUUAGCCAUUUGAUGUUUGUACCUUUCUGACACUAAUUUAUUUAAAUUUCAACACUGAAAUUUAUUUAAAUUUCAAUCUUGUUUAAAUUUUAAUAAGUGUGAUAGUACAUUCGUGAACUAAAUCGAUACCAUUUGAAAAACAUGUCAAAAAGAAGGAAUGCUAAUUUACUUGUAUAUGUUGGAUGGAUGACUAUUUUUAAUUACCUUGGCUAUGUCUCGCUUUCAGAUAUACAGCGCUUUUUCUUUGUCCUCUGAAAAGCACGAUACAGUCGACUCCCGCUACAACACGAUUGGACUUGCGCGAAAUGGCUAUAAGGCGAUUUUUUCCUCGCUAAAGGAUUUUAUUCCUAACGUAGAAUUUUUUACCCACAAUAUGAAAAUUUUCCGAUGGAAUCUUGUUUUUUUCGUGCAUGGACCUUCAUCCCUUUGGCAUCACUGAGAGCGUAAGUUCCCACACCGUAAUAGUCUGAACAUCGCUUAUACAAAUAACUACUCCUCAUUUUCCAUUUAUUUUUUUCAUUCUAUAUGGGAAAGUUGAUGAAAUAUAAUGACACCUAAGAGCGCUGUUUCAUUUAAAGUUUGUGAAGAUGGAAGGAAAAAGAAAAAGUUUUAACAACUAUAGUGCAUUUGUUUUUCUUACUACAUAAUGUACGAUCUACCAUACUGGUUUAUUUUACGUCUUCCUUUCCCAUUGAUCAUUGAUUUUGUGCAUCGUAGCAGUUUUUUAUGUUAAAUAAAACGUUUUUUAAAAAAAAUAGAAUAAAUAAAAAUUCAAUUUUUUAUUUAAUAAACAGUAAUGUAUAGUUAAGAAAUGGUUUUUAACAGUUUGAGGUGGUGUUUACAAGUGUCUUUAAUCGUAUGGGUAUGUUUAUAAAAGUUUUUACACAUACCCUUUUCCACAACGCGAAAUUUAAACUUACGCGAAGGGUCUUGGAACGCAUCCCUUGCGUAAGUCGGGACUCGACUGUAUAACAAGGGGUUACUAUCAUUCCAUUUUAUCAGUCAUGGUAAUCUGACCUAUGUUGGAAGUUGUAGGCCUUUGCAGGAAUAAAUGUAGUAAUGAACUAAAGUUAAAUUACAAAUGAACUGAGAAAGAUUAUCUUUUUAUAGACUCUGAUUUCUGAAAUACUUCAGAAAGUGUUAUUUUAAACUUUACAUUGAGUUUAUUUAAAAAGUAAUAAACAAAUGGCUAAGUAAAAUGAAUUGAAGGGUCGUGAAUUAAAGGUUCGUACAAUCAAGCCUCAUCUGUUUAAUCUUGCCCAAAAGAUGCAAAAUUAAUAAUUUGUGGAUAGUUAAAAAUGCAAAACUUUGAUUGUGGAGAAAAUGUCCUUUUAAGUAAAAUUUUUUUUAUUUCAGUGAAUUUUUAAUUCAUUUUAUUUUUUCUUAACACUAAAAUUUUGCCUUUGAGAGCAUGUUCUCAUCUUGAUCUUUUUGUCAACAAAGUAUAUUGAUCUUAGAAUUAUGUGUUUAAUUAUAGUUGAAGCUGAUUUGUUUACACUGAACAGUUAUUGGGGCCUUUGAAAUCUUAUAGCAGUCUUCCAUGAAUGUGCCGUAUAAUAUCCAUUGUGUAAUAAAUAUGCUAGAACUUCCCAAACUGGUACUAACCUGGCUGGUUUUCGAUAAACUUAUGUUAUUAGAAAAUAAUAGAAUGUAAUAAAUACACUACUAGUGAAAUUUAAAGAAUUUUGGGACAUAUAGAUAUAAUUUGUUAUAUGAAUGUAAGACCUAUGUUAAAUGUCUAACAUUGUUAAGAGCAAAGAACUUCAUUUCAGACUGCUUAGCAGUUUUGCUUAUAUACACAUAAUCUAUGUGACUAGUUUCCAUUCAUAGGACUAAGUUUCUUUUAGACUUAUACAUCCUUGUUUGUCUAUUUGUGUUUUUAGAUCUUUUUGUUAUGUUUAAUGCUUGUUUUAUAAGGAUUAUAAUAGCGACAAAUUGUUUGUUGUAGACUUUCUUUAUUGCCACAACAUGCAAUUGUUUUACAUAGUUUUAUUCACACACUCGACGUCAGUGGUUUCCAAACUUUUUAUGCCUGUAUCCAUCAUUUUUUGUACAAUGAUUGUUUUGCCCCUUCAAUUUUUGUAUAAUAAUAUGAUUUCAUAAAAAUACUUUCCUGGCACUACAGUUUAUUUAACAGGUUAGAAAAACAACUCUCAAUAUUAUAUAAAAAUAACUUUAAUGCACCAAAACAUAUUUGGUUAUUAUUAAGUAUUGAUAGUUUUAUGAAUCGCACAAAAUUGUAGAAAAAUAAAAUGUUUCAAAUUCAGCAUCAGUGAAAUAUUAAUUUAAAUGGAUAGGCUUGUGUUUGAGUGCACAUUAUUGUCACUGAAAAAAUAUUGCUGUUCUUGGGGUGGGCACAAAGACUCGAAUGCCAUAGUGAUAAGGUAUUGCUGAUUCUUGAAUUUUGGUCAUCCAUUUGAUUUUUUUCUUUUUUCAAGCAUUUUAGCACAGUAGUAUGCUCCCUAACAAUAUUUCCAUACCUCUUAGGGAAGUAUACUCCACUGGAAACCACUGCCUAUUGUCUUUCACUUGUUUAUCAAAAAAAAAAAAAAAAAUUUUUACUCUGAGGAACUCUGUAGAUGUUAGUGUAAAGUCAUUACUAGUGUACAGUGCCAGUAACAAGGGCAAAGCAUUUGGUAACUGUUGUCAGAGAAAUCAGCAUUAUACACCUCCAUGCAAUAAAACCAAGCUGGAUAUUACUUUUUACAAGAGUAAAUUUACAUUUGUGUGAAAUGGUAGAAAAUAUUAGCAAUGGAUAUAAAUAGUAAGUUCGAUUAACUUAUCUGUAAUUUUAGUUCAUUUAAUUAUUUUCUGUUAUUGACUCUAGACAACUGAGUUUUGCCACUUUAUUACUUACUAGCAGUAUACGCACAGCGAUGCUAGAGCUAAAAAUUGUGUAAAAAUGUUACUUUAAGAUUUAACUUGAGAAAAGCCUUGAACAGUCAGACAAAAAGCAAAAAUAGUCAACAAUACAACAAUUGUCGCUAUCGACAGGGAGUUGAGAUGAUACACUAAAUACUAUAUCGGGUUGAGGAAAGCCUUCGAACAUGGAACCAAAAAGCUCAUAACUCAUUUUUUUAUUCUACUUAGAAAUUUCGAACAGUUAUCUUCAACAGAAAAAUCAGAGCUUUCGAUGGACGUAUAAUGUUAUUAUGUGCAAGUAUUUUUUCAUCCCCAUAUUAGAGAAUUUAUACGAAAAUUGUGUUUUAUCGCUCCCUAUGGGGGGUUUUCCCCCCAUAACGGGAUGAAAACUAAUGUGUUAUUCUGAUUCAUAAGCUAUAUUAUUGUAAAGUUUCAUCAAAAUCCAUUCGGUAGUUUUUGCGUGAAAGAGUAACAACCAUACAGACAAACUUUCGCAUAUAUAAUAGUAGUAAGAUAACUGGAAACUGUUUUGAUAUCUAGCUAUUAUCUGGCAGAAAUUGCAGGUAUUUUCCAAUGUGGCAAUCAUUUAAAUUUUUGAUUCUAAACAGCACACUGAUAGUUGUUGUUUUGUAUCAACACAAUGUUUUGAUUUUAGUUUUUUUAUGAAAUGUUGUUAAAGAAAAUGCUUGUUUUUUUGCAAUGUGCAUGUCAAGGAUAAUUCAUACUGCUAAAUAAGGUUAAAACUGUGGAAUAAAGUUUUAAAAAAUUGUGAGUUAUAAUGUUGAGGAUUUUUUUUAUUAUUUAUACUUAAUAUUUCACAAGGCUUAUUUACAAUUAUAAUUAUGUGAAAUGUAUGGAAAAAUCAUAUUCUCUGCUUUUCCCUUUUUGAGCUGCACUUGGAAAAAAAGAAAUUUGUAGAGCCCGAAACUAUUUAACCCCGAACAUUUUAAUUUGUUUAUUUGUCCUUUUUCAAUCAUUGUUUAGUUAUUCUCUAGAAACUUAAUUAUUACGUACAGCUUAUAAUAGCAUUUCUUAUAACACUUAAUAAUUGCUUUGUGUUUUAUAUAAUUUUAAUCUGCUGGGUUAAAUCUCAUUUAAAUGAUGACGUUUGACGACCCACUUUGUACAUUCUUGAAAAUUCUGUAAUGAAAAAUGUAGUUUGUAGUGUAAAUAAAUCAAAGUAGUCUGAUUAGAUGUCUACACUAUAAGCUAGCAAAUAAUGUUUAUUGGAAAUUUUGUUAGCUGAAAAGAAAAAUAUUUUUGUAAAAAGCUAGUCAAACCUCGUGUUUAACAUACUUUUCAAUCAUUUCAUAAUUAAACCUGAAACAUAAAUUGCAUUAAUUAAUGUAAACAAACACAAUCAGCUGUGUUGAUGUUUUUUUAAAAAAUGAAUUAAAAUCAACCACGCCAUAAGUUUAGAGUCAAAGCAGUAUAACGAUAACAUUUAUUACUGUUCUCUUGAAAGUAUUGGUGUUAUUUUGUUUCAGAUUUAUUUAUUCAAUUAUUUUUUAGUAUUAACUUUUAGUUUUCUUUAAUGUAUUUUAUGUACAUGGUUUUAGUUAUGUUAACAACACAUUAUGUUUUGGGAGAGAAAGAAAAAGAGACAUGAGCAUUUUUUAAUAGAUUUUUCCUAGGAUCUUGAUGCCGUUUGUAUACUUAUAGUCUGACCAUUGAUUAGAUGGAAAGGCAAACAACCGGUUUACGGACGCAUCUAAUUAUCUUGCAGGUGCAUAGUCUCUAAAUUAAGCAGAGUCACAUUCAAAUGAGUGGAACACCAACAUCAAAUUUUUACUUUUCCCUCUCAUUCAAAUAGACAUGUCUUUACUGGACGUUUGCUAAUUCCAUACAAUCCAUGGGCAGACUCUAGUUCAACAUUUGAAAUGUUUUUGAAUUUUAUGUUCUUAGUUGAAGUGAAGAUAGUUUAUGAGAUUAGCUGUAUAGUUGAAAAGGAAAUGGAAAGUUAUGCACUCUUAUCUGUGAUGUGACUUGUGAACUACUCAUAGUUUGCCAAAAAAAAAAAAAAACUUAACAUUGAUUAGUACUUUAAUUGUUGUCCUUGAUAUUAUUUAUAUUAUUAUACUUUUAAAGUUUAUCUGUGAUGUUUUUGAAAGUAGUUGAUACAACUUUCACUCAGUUGAUGUGCAUAUCAGAAUUACUUAUCAGUAUUAGAAUUUGUUAUAUAAUUGUUAUUGUUUUGUUUUCCUUUAUUUAUUUUAAAAUUGCACUUUCAGUAAUAGAAUGCGGCUCAUACUUGUGGGAUGGAUCCUUACAUGCUUAAUGAGAUUACGGUACUUAAAUUGCUUUGUUUGUAGUUUGAUUUUUUUUUUUGCAAUAGUAAUUAGGUGUAUGUGAAGUUGAAGAUGGAUGAUGAAAUUUCUUUUAUUUAUUAAUGUUUUUAAGAGAAAAUAGGUUUCUCAAAACGCCUUGAAAAUAUGAGAUGGCUUGCAAAAUUCUCACUGAAUUAAGCAGCUCUAAAAUGAAUAUAACUUUCAUCAUUUGUUGAGAGAAUGUCAGAUUUGUAUCAAAAUGAACUUCAUACCUUUUGUGUUUAACAGAAAAAAAAAGUAUAUAUAAUGGAAAUUACAACAAUAAAAGUAUUUUUUCUCCUUCAAAAUUACAAAAAUAAUUUAAACAAAAUAUUUUUAGUUACUUUUUUUUUGCAAAUAUUAUAUGUAAAAUACCAUUAUAUAAUAUAAUCAUUUCUUUUCCCAGUAAACUUCAAUAAAAAGUUAUAUUUUUUUUUUAUUUUACAUACAAGUAAACAAUUGUUUCAAAGCUUCAGAAACCUUUGUUUCAGCAUUGAGAUGAGCUGACAAAGUUGAAGAGGGACUUUUUACAGAAAAAAAUAUUCACAUCAUCCAAAUAAAAUUUUGCUUUGUACUUCAUUCUGGUACAAAAGUUUUGUUAUUCUUAUUUUAUUAUGUUUAUUCAGGAUGUUCUUUAGUCAAAUGGUAUUCUACAUUAUUUUUCACUUAACAAUUAAGCUCACAAUCAAAUAGUGCUUACGAAGCAUUUAAAUUUUCUGAAUUUUUCAACUAACCAGCCCUGCAGAAUACGUUUUCUUUUCAAAUCAAGUUGCUUUCACGUUUAGAAAAAGUGCUAUUGUGGAUGGCAGUAAGCAAGAACUAAUAUUACAAGCAAAUGACUCAUCUGAAAGAAUCAAAUACCUCAGUGACUAAUCAUUUGAUUGUGAAAUCUCUCUUGAUAAUUUGAAUGAAUUGCUUAAUGUCUGACUUUGAUCAUGAUCUUUACUUUUUGAAGUGAAGGGGGUGGGGGGAAAUUAUUUAUUGGGGAUGAAGGCGCAAAAAUCAUUUCAGGCAGCUGUUAAUAUGAUGGAUAGUAUGUUAAUGGGCUAUAUAAAGUAGAACUCAGAGAGACUUAUCUGUGCAUAACACUCAUAAAGCUAUGCAUACAUCUAAUUUGUAUCCAUAACCUUGAAUUUUAAGAAUACUUACUGGUGAAAAAAAAAUCUAGUCUUUUUGUUUUUGUUAGAAGUGUUGUUUUGUAAUUGCAUUUAUUUAAAAAUGAUUAUUUUGUUGGAAUGUAUGAAAAGUAAGACUGCUUUUUGUGUAGUCUUUAAAAAUAAAUUUAUCUGAAUCUCA